CUUCAAAUGACACCGCCGGGAUACGCCUUCCAAACGCAAGUCAGUGUACUUUCUUAUAAGAUAGACAUCUUCCUCUUCAUCUUUACCUACCUACCUAGGUACCUUCCCCCUUUCCACACCUCGCUCUUCUCCACCAACUUUUGGCCCAGAUCUUUCCCAUUUAUUAUAACCGGAUACCCCCACUUAUCACAACUACUGAACAUCAAACCACGGCGACAUCUUUUCAUUCUGUCAACAUUCGCGAGCCAUUACGUCCACAACUCAGUUAAGUACUAUUCGCUUGUAAAUACGAGUUCAACUUAUCGGGAAAGACACCAAGAUGCCCUUCAAGCUCGAGAUCCCAAUCUUUACCACCGAGGUGGAAGAACACGAUGUCCGCUCUUUUGAACAAAUGAGUUUCAAAGAGCUCCUGAAGCUCUGCAAAAACUUCAAUUCUGCCGAAUGUCGCCGGAUCCGGCUGGAACUGAACGCCGUUGGUUCGUACGGAGACGGUGGAUUAACUCCUAACAUCAAAGAUGCGAUUCGGUUCCUUACUCACUUGCGAAAAUCGGAGAUCCUCACGGAAGACCAACAACCGGCCAUACGAAUCAUGAUACGGCCCCGAGGUGCGAAACACGACGACAAAUCCGUCUCUCCAAUGAUCGAAGUUCAGGACUUUCAGUACUCUGAUGCCGAGCUGGUCGCAAUGUGCCAAAGUAUUGAAGACUUCAAGACAAUGGGUCGAGAUGUCCUCAGCCCGGAACGCGGCGAUGGGUUCGUUUUCGGGGUGCAGAAACGAUUAGACGGUCCCUUGAACGAGCUGAUGCUUCAUCCUCAUGCCAACAAAAGGUUGACUUCCACGGCCCAUCCUUAUCCCUGUUUCCUGCACCGCGCCUUUGACGGCGUACUCGCGACUUCGCAGAACUACCCGGGCACAAAGAUCCCGAUGGGGCGCCUGGUCGAGAAGAUGAAAGGGCAUGGCUUCAAAGGGGUGUUGACGUCCGGAGGAUGGGGAAAUGCGACUAACAACCUGGAAAGACUCGGGGAACUUGGGAGGGCGGCGCUGAAGGAAAAGGAAGAAGACAAGUUUGAGUUGAUAGUGGGUGGCGGCGUACGGUAUGGCAACGUGUGGGACAUAUGCUAUGCGAUGAAGGAGCUGGCGCAGCACCGGGAUUUUUGGUUUCACUCUUCGUGCUUGAGUGGCGAGGCCUCCCCUUAUACGACAGCAUGGACUAUGUUGAUGAGAUUGAACGCUGCAGAAGAAGCUGCAGAAAAUUGGACAGCGGGCGCUUGUGCGAACUAGCGGGAGAGUGGAAUUGGAGAAGCUUUGUCUGAUGACGGCAUGAUAGGCUUAAUCGGUCCUAACCUUACAACCGUAUCAUGCAGAGAGGAGAAGGUUAAGGGAAGAAAGAAAAGAGCAGUUACA